AUGGAUAAUACAACGAAGCAUGUGGACGUCAAGGAGGUGCUAGAGACUUUAUUUACAGAUACAGACAAAUUGACAAACUCUUCAGAUACUACAAACUUAAAUAAUCACCAGAACCAAUAUCCAGAAUCAAUCUUACAAAAUUCAAAUAAAGGUAAUAAACUAUAUAAUUCUUUCCAAAGUUAUUCACCUCAAUUUGUGAAUACGGAACCAAGUUUAAUUAACAAGUCUCUGGUAAUACGAUGGCCCAAUUCCAAUCUAGAGACAGUUCAACAUCUAAUAUUAAAUCACUGGUUAGAACAAAAUUCAACAUCAACCUUAAAUUCAAAUAAUUCACAAGACAAAUCUAAAGUAUCAAAAUUAACAGCAACAAGAGGUCGAGCGAAUAAAUUAUUUACGUGGGCUUCCAGUGAUGAAUAUGUUGAAAUGAGAAAGAAACAAUUGAAUAAAUUACGAAGAGGAAGUGGGGUAUCUGAUCACUCAAAAUCACAAAUUAAUAACGACAAUGACCAUAAAGCUUCAGAAACCGACAUAAAAUCACAAGCAUUACAAACACUGCUAAAACUCAAAUUUAAUAAAGAUAAAUCACUAAACAAAUUAUCACAAAUAGUAGAGAACGAAUCGAAUAAAUUUAUACAUUUAAGAAUUCAAAAAAUAAGACUACAUCAUAGUGAACAAAUUGAAAAACAAAUUAAUGAAAGAAAGAAAAAAGAUUAUGAACUUUAUCUCAAGAAAUUAAAAUUAAAAGAAGAAGAAUAUGAAAAAUCAUUAAGACAAGAAACUGCACAAAGUAACUCAAAGGGUAACUUUUUUGGAAAUUUAUUUGGAUUCAAUGCCACAACUACUACAUCAAAUGAUAAACCAGAAACUAUUGAACCUGAUAUCGAUACCGGCAGUAUAAAAAAUGGACUGACGAGUAGUAAUAAGUCAAAAAGAUCCACUUUAUUUGGAAUGCAAUCAUUAUUUUCAAGUAAUAGUAAUAAAGAUAAUCUGUCAAGUCCUAAAAAGAACACCACUACAGUGUUUGAUGCUGACGAUCGAUCAGAUACUCAAUCUAUAGCUGGACUGAAUCUUGAAAAUUCAAUUGUGUCGGAUAAUAAUGGAAAUGAACCAAAUGGUGAUAAGAAGAAGAGUACAGAGAAUGAGACAAAAUUGGAGAGCUCGCUUGAAAUGUUGAAUAUAGAUGAUAUGGAAAAUCUACGAUCAAAUGGUGUCACGACUCCAAAUAAUAAUUUCAAAAAUUAUCAUGACAACUCGGAUAAUGAAGAAGACAAAGUUGAAAAUAACGAUGAUGAGUUUACUGAUUUCACAAUGGCUACCAAAACGAAUGGAGUUAAUGGAAAAACCCGUACUGAUACUAAAACUUCGCAUAAUUUUUUCUCCAUCGAUCAAGCUCAGCUGCAGAGUGGUUCUGGUAAUCAUGAGGAACUUAUAGAUUUAUUUGAUGAUAGACCACCAUCUAAAUCAGCUACUCCUCCUGUCAUAAGAUCACCUACUGCUUUCGAUAAUGAAUUAAAUUUACUUGAUUUAUAG